AUGUCCUUAGCUGGCGAAAAGAAACCGCUUCUCACCAAAGCGGUUGUAGAUAGUCAGGAUGAUACCACGGUGGAACACUCGCAAGAUGUUCCCUCGCUCAAGGACGAAGCCUGGGAUAUCUUGAGACUUGGUGUCCCCAUUUUUAUUGCCCGUCUCUCCUGGGUGGGUAUGAAAACCACAGAUACUGCUCUUUUGGGGCAUGUGAGCAGUAAAGCGCUUUCGGCAUCUGCCCUGUCAGAUCUUUGGACCAUGUGUACACAAGUGCUGUUGACCGGACAAGUGUUGGGGGUCUUUAUCGGAGGCGCUGUUGGUGCUGGGAAUCCCAAGCUCGCUGGAAUAUAUCUGCAGGUCUCGUUGGUGGUAUUGGGAAGCAUGUCUCUCAUUGUCUUUACCGCUUGGAAUCUCACCGAACAAGUAUGGGUAGCAUUUGGAAGCGAUCCGGAAGUUGCCGCCAUGGCUGGAUAUUAUUCCCGAGUAUUGAGUUUUGCCAUACCAGGUAUUUUGGUCUUUGGUCAAGUGUCACAAUUCUUUUCGGCACAGCGCAUCAUGAAUCCCGAAGUCAAUAGUGCCAGUUUUGGUUUGCUCAUGAAUCUAGUGCUGGGUUUGAUCUUUGUUCUUGGGUGGCCCAUCACAGGUUUUGGUGGAUACGGCUUUGAAGCUUGCCCCAUUGUGACUGCAACAGUGACCUACUUACAAUUGGCACUGAUCAUGAUUGUCUACAUCAAGAUUCAACGGCUACACGAAACCUGUUGGGGCGGAUGGAAUUGGGCCGAGAUCACCAAGGUCCGCAUUGUCGCCUUUUGCGAACUGUACAUACCGGCCGCUUUGGCGUAUGCCAGUGACUUUUGGAGAACCGGUGUGAUUGGAGCAGUGGCAGCCAAGUUGGGAGAGCAAGAAGUUGCCGUCUUCAAUACUAGUUAUCGUAUCAUGUGGAUUGCAUUGGUGUUGGUUGGAGCAUUAUCUGGAGCAUCUGCCAUUAACAUGAGUUUACGAUUGGGUGGAAUGAACCCCAAGGGAGCCAAACAAGCUGGUUAUGUUGGUAUCGUGAUGGCAACGAGCAUGCUAUUGAUCUUGAGUAUUGCUAUUCUGUUUGAUAGUCGCUUGUUUGGAAUGAUUUUCACCCAGGACGAGGAGUUUUUGGACAUGUUUGAAGAAGCUCGUAUCCCCUUUACGCUUACCUUGUUCUGCAUGAACUUGGCAGUCGCGUUGGAACGAAUCCCAUACUCCAUGGGACGUACCAGAGAGGUCUUUGCUAUGGGGUUUGUUGGAAGCUGGGUUGGCCAAGUCCCAGCCGUCUUUUUGUGCACCGCCUACUGGCGUGAUGACUUGGUUGGACUUUACACGGGUAUGGCUAUCGGAUACUUUCUGCUAGUAGUUCUGUACGGAGUCAUUGUCUAUCGAAGUGAUUGGGCCAAGUAUGCAGAACUUGCUCAGCAACGAUCCGAAUCAUCAUCAUCAACUACUAAGAAGCCAGUACUAGUAGUCUAG